ACCAAAUGAAAUAUGCACCAAAUAUUGAAUCAAAAUGAAGAAAUAUGAAUAUUGUACAAGGUCUUCAUGUGCCUUUUCAUUGUGUAAAUUCAUUUGUCAUUUGGCAUAACGAUCAUUUCGAGGAAAUGUUUUCAUUGAUUUUGUGGCAUUAAACAUAAUUUGAAUCAUUCAAAUGUCAAUUUAUUUUUUGCGGGUUAAUUCCAAUAGUGUGUCAUCCUCGUGUGUAUAGGUCAAUAAUAAAAAAAUUUCAUAUGUUUAAAUUAAAAAUUAAUGUAACCGAUUUUUGGAAUUACAUGUCACAAAUAUUUGUGGAUAAGAACUUAAAAUUAAGCAAAUUUGGAAAAUGACAAAUUUACAGUUGACUCUGUCGAUAUUAAAACCAUAUAUAAUAAAAAAUCCAUAUGCCUCAACAAUAAUUCAAAAUGUAAUAAAAGAGAAUAAUAUUGAAAUUGUACGACACACGAGUGUGAAAUUGACGAAGGCAUUGGCCGAAAAAUUCUAUGAGGAACAUCAAGGGAAAUUCUUCUUAAAUAGAUUACAAUCGUUUAUGUGCAGUGGACCAAUCGAUGUGUUCAUUCUUGGUGGUGACGAUGUCAUAUCUAAAUGGCGAACAUUACUUGGACCGACAAAAGUUUAUAAAGCCAUUUACUCACAUCCAGAUAGUUUGCGCGGAUUAUUUGGUCUGUCGGAUACAAGAAAUGUUGGACAUGGUUCAGAUUCAAUGGAGGCAGCCAAGCGAGAAAUUGAAUUUUUCUUCUCCGACUUCAACGUAGACCAAUGGUUGGACGAACACAGAAAGUAGCGCAGAAACGCUUAUCAAACAACACUUUGUGAUUAAUCCAAAACCCAUUGAAAUUUGGAGAUAUUUAUUUCAAUAGCUGGACUAUUGUGUAGUCUUAUUAUGAAUAGAAAAAAUAAAUUCAAACACUUUCGAAUGUUUAUAUGA